ACGAAGCGGGGGAAGCCAAGGGCUAGUUGUAGGGGAGAAAAGUAGUGAUGCAUGUAUAUGAUUCAUAAUUGGGAUGGAAAUAGCACAGAAAGAUAAAAAGAGCGGAAUCGCUGGCUCUCCCUUUCUCCCGGUUGCCUUUAGAAGCUGGACUAGAUAAACGAGAACUGGCCAAUUAAUUUAAAUGAGAGGAGAGAAAAUAAGAGGAGGGUGCGAAUCCGGACACAGGAUAUUUGGGUGGCUGGCGUCAGAAGUCGGUAUCAAUAGCCCAGGAAUUCGAGAAAGAGGGCGAAGAAUAUGUAUCGGGAACCGGUACCACGAUGUGGGUGGGAAAGGAGACUAGUGUGACCAAUUCAGUGCUGAAAAAGAAAGAAAAAAAUAAAAAAAAAAAACUAACUGGAAUUAAGCAAAGCAAAGCUACCUACAAGAAAAGCAAUGACAACUAGGGAAUAAUCAAGCAAAGGGUAUAAAUAGAGCUGUGUGAGUGAUGGCGAGAGCGUGAGAGUGUGAGUGUGCGCGUUUGAGAGUAGGAUUAAAUCGACAAUAUGAAGCUGGAAAGUAAAAGGUGGUGGGAUUGUGGAGUGGUGGUGGUGGAGGGCCCGGGAGGGCAAAAAGGUUCCCCGAGGGAGUGAGAGGGGGGAAGGCCUUUCCACACCUACAAAUACCACCGCGCCCUCCGCCAUUUCUUAUCGGCCGGCCUCUUCCAGGAACCCGAAGCCAGACCUCAAGGAGAACGAGAGCGAGCGAGUGGAGGGGAGGAACCGUUGUUGGUCUCUCUCCCUCCCUCUGUCUCGGAACCUUCAUCUCUCUCUCCUUCCAUCAGCUACCAAUCAACCAAAGUGCUUGUGGGACUGUGGAUGCUAUCCUUGUUUGAGUGAUCCAUAACACCUUUCCAGUUCCUAACUUUGCGGGUGUCUCUCUCGGCCCAAAGAUGUCGGUGGCUGUGUGCAGAAGCUCCUUCUCACCCUUCGAAUCCAUUCUCGCGCCAAACUUAGCAAGAGAGCCCCUGCCAAUCUCGCCUACAAAUUGGCAGCCGCCGGCCGAGCAAUACAAGCCUACCGAACCCCCGGUGGAGGCCGAGAAGGACGACGACCGGCCGGGGCAAUUCGACAUAUGGAGCUCGAUCCAAUCCCAGAAGGCCAGGGAGACCGCCACCGCCGAUCCCAUGGUCCCUUAUGUCCAUCCUCUGGUGCGGCGCUCGUCCAGCCUGAUGAGCCAAAAGAGCCUCGAAAUCUGCACCGAGAGCCUCGGGUCUGAGACGGGGUCCGCCGAUUUCUCCUCGUUGCUCGACGACCCCGACUGCUUCUCUUCCAAGAUCGAAGCGGAAGAGGAAGAGCACAACGAAUUAGCUCCUCCAAUCCAUGAGACACGGCCACUAGUUGACGAAGAAGAAAGACCACGCUUCAGAGUGGCGAAGGCGGUAGAAGAGCGGCGAGUGCAGAGUGGCAGGAAGGAGCUGGUUUCGGUGAAUUACCACUGCUCUAUUAGCAGGAGGUCGCCGCCCCGAUCAUUCCCACCUCCACUCCCUUCCAUCUCCCGGCGCGACGGGCCCUGCAUCCACAUGAGGCCGCAUCGCUGCAACGGCCGGCUCGUCGUCGAGGCCGUGCCCGUCCCCUCCCAGAAUUACCUCCAUGCUCAGCGCCAGGACGGCCGCCUACUCCUUUCCUUCAUCGAUGCCACGUACAAUGACCCUGAUGACAUCGAGAUCGACACCCCAGAGGCAACACAAGAAGAAGAAGAUGUUGUGGAAAGUAAGGCAAAAGAGGAAGAAGAAGCAGAGGAGGAGGAGGAAGCAAUAGCAAUGGCACAGGAAGAAGAGGGAGAAUUGGAAGAAGAGAAGAAUUGUGAUGAAGAGGAGGAAGAUGAGGAGGAGGUAGAGGAGGAAGUGGAAGUGGUGGAUAGAGGGACAGUUGUAGAGGUGAAGGUCAGCACACAACCCCAGCAACAGAGCGGGGCGAUGAAGAUGCAGCGGUCGUCAUCCUUCGUGAUCAACAAAUUCGUCGGCGCCGGUGAGACCCGGUGGGCCGAGAAGAUGGCAGAAUGCAAGCCAACAGCACCCGACAAACAACAAAUCCAGCAAGAACAUCACAACCCCGGCACCGCAACACCGACACCAGCCCGACGGGCGACGCCGACGACGACCACGGCGGCGGCGGCGGCGGCGGCCGCCUCGACCUUCAGCACCUCAUCGGAGGGCUACUACUGCAGCUCCUACUCCUCGUUCCAUUGGAGGGACCCGCAGGUGGGCGGCGGGCAGUACGCGUCGCCGGACGACCACAAGCUGCUGUUCACGUCAAAGCGGCGGAACCGGGAGGAGCUGCUGCACCACAUGAGGAGGUGCAGCCAGCUGCGGAGGCCGCUCUUCAUCUUGGAGCCCUGUUGCAUUGCCACCUCCUCCUAAGUUGCCGCCUUGCACCCAUCCAUCCAUCCAUCCUAUUAAUUGCCGGCCAACCCUUCCUAAUUAUCAUAUUAUCUACUAAUUAAAAAUUGUUAUUAGGAUGGUCGCAGUGAUUGGUGCCGCCCAGAAUAACCGUGUAUCCGAACUCUCACUCUCUGCAGAGUGAGGGCUUUCUAUGACCCAUUACAAUUAGCAUGCUGCUUUUAAUUACCAUUUGUCCUUUUCCCAUUUCGUGAUUACGUAAUUAAUUAAUAGACCAUUUCAGAUGAUGUGUCUCGUUGCUAA